AUGGUAGCACUCAAAACUAACGUCAAAAUUAAGAAAAAAACUUCGAGAUCAACAACUCCCCUCAUUAAAGAGAUUUUCGUUUUAAAAAUAUCUUUAUCAGCAGUUUAUAACGAUACCUGUUAUUUACACACGUCGCCGGCCCAAAUGACGAACCAAGCAUCCCCUGUAGAAGAGCAGGAGAAGCUUCUUGAUGAAGCAUUAAAUGUUGUCAAAGUUCAGGCAUUUCAAAUGAAAAGAUGCCUGGACAAAUCAAAACUGAUGGAUGCCUUGAAGCAUGCUUCCACCAUGCUUGGAGAGUUAAGAACUUCUUUACUUUCUCCAAAGAGUUAUUAUGAGCUCUAUAUGGCAAUAACAGAUGAACUUCGACAUUUAGAACUUUACCUGCUAGAAGAAUUCCAGAAGGGAAGGAAAGUGGCAGAUUUAUAUGAACUAGUCCAAUAUGCUGGUAAUAUUGUGCCACGGUUGUAUCUGUUGAUUACUGUUGGUUUGGUGUAUAUUAAGACUAAUUCAAAUCUAAGGAGAGAUUUAUUAAAGGAUUUAGUAGAAAUGUGCCGUGGAGUGCAACACCCUCUCCGUGGUCUCUUCCUCAGGAACUACUUGUUGCAAUGCACCAGAAAUGUGUUGCCUGACACAACUGAAGCUCAGAAUGAAAAUGAAGGGACUGUCCGCGACGCCAUUGACUUUGUACUUAUGAACUUUGCUGAGAUGAACAAGCUGUGGGUUAGAAUGCAACACCAGGGACAUUCUAGGGAUAAAGAAAGACGUGAACGUGAACGGUCCGAGCUACGUAUAUUAGUAGGGACGAAUUUAGUCCGUCUGUCCCAACUGGAGUCGGUGGGAGAGCAGGACUACCGGAGAUUGGUGUUGCCGGGGAUAUUGGAACAGGUUGUGAGUUGCAGAGAUGCUAUAGCCCAGGAAUAUCUCAUGGAGUGUAUCAUACAGGUUUUCCCCGACGAGUUCCAUUUGGCAAAUCUUCAGCCAUUUUUGAAGUCGUGUGCAGAACUACAGCCCGGAGUCAAUAUCAAGAAUAUUAUUAUUGCGUUGAUUGAAAGGUUGGCCGCUUUCAGUCAGAGGAAUGAAGGUAAUGUGAACUUAAGCGUAGUUCUAGAAGAUGGUAAAGAACAAGAAGUCCAGCUAUUCGAGGUGUUCUCAGACCAAGUGGCAGCUAUCACUCAGAGCCGCACGGACAUGCCGCCCGAGGACAUGCUGGCGCUGCAGCUGGCGCUGCUGAAACUGGCGCAGCGCUGCCACCCCGAGCGCCUGGCGUACGUGGACCGCGUGCUCGCGCACACCGACAGGAUCUGCGCGGACAUACACCAGGCCAGCGGCAAACCCUAUCUGGAGCACAACACGCCAGUGUUCAAGGAGCUGAUGAAGAUCCUCAAGCUACCGGCGGACCACUACAAGAAUAUCCUGACCCUGAUCAAGUUGAAACACUACGCCCCCCUCAUCUCUCGCCUCAACCAGCCAGGACGCCUCAUGAUAGCUGUUCACCUGGUCAAUGAUGUAUUGGAAAGUGAUACCACAGUGUCUACUCCGGAGGAUGUGGAAGCGGUUUUGUCGAUGUUGGACGUGCUAGUGCGUGAGCAGCCCGACCAGCCCGCCAGUGAACCUGACCAGGACGACUUCAUGGAGGAACAGGGGCUGCUGGCCAGAUUAAUCCACCACUUCAAGUCAGAGUCAGCGGACCAGCAGUACCUGAUCCUGUCGGCGGCGCGCAAGGCGCUGCAGGGCGGCGGCGCGCGCCGCAUACACCACACCUUCCCGCCCAUCGUCUUCCAUGCUUACAGGCUUGCCUUCACUUAUAAGGAUCUCAAGGAUCAGGAUGAUAUGUGGGAGAAGAAAUGUCAGAAGAUCUUCCAAUUCUGUCAUCAGACGAUCAGUUUGCUGGUGAAAGCUGAACUAGCUGAGUUACCGCUAAGAUUGUACCUACAGGGUGCGCUGGCGAUAGGUGAAAUAGGUUUCGCCAAUCACGAGACGAUCGCGUACGAGUAUCUCUCGCAGGCGUUCUCCCUCUACGAGGACGAGAUAUCCGACAGCAAGGCGCAGUUGGCGGCCAUCACGCUCAUCAUUGCUACAUUCGAACAGAUCAAUUGUUUUGGCGCAGAGAACGCGGAGCCGAUGCGCACGCAGUGCGCGCUCGCCGCCAGCAAGCUGCUUAAAAAGCCUGACCAGAGCCGGGCCGUGGCGCUGUGUGCACAUCUCUUCUGGAAGGCCUCUAAAGAUGGAAAUCAGUGGUCGCUGAACGAGCCGUCGCGCGCGCUGGACUGCCUGCGCAAGGCGGCGCGCGUGGCGCAGCAGUGCAUGGACGGCGGCGUGCAGGCGCAGCUGCUGGCCGAGCUGCUCGGCCGCUACGCGCUGCUGCGCGAGCGCGGCAACGGCGCGCUCACGCCGCCCGUCAUCGACGCCAUAAUACAAAAGAUACGCGAGGAGUUGGGUAACCUCGACCAGUCCGAGGAGGUGGAACAGAUCACGAAGCACUUCCACAACACGCUGCAGCACAUCAAGAACAGAAUGGAGUGUCCCGACCCUGAGGGUCUGGGGUAUGAGGGACUGGUUCUCACA